CCAGCACCUGAGCAUGUGAGUCUCUCUUCCAUUCUCUUCUUUGAGUCCAGCAGAACUUGACCCAUGUCUUGGAAAGUGGACACCCAGAUCUGGGUGCUGCUGUGCCCCCUGCUCUUUGGCCUGAACCUGGCGAGAAGCCCCACAUUGGGUGCUGAGGAGUUCCAGAGCACUGUUGGAAUGCCGCCUCUGCAAGACGGGAUUGACAUGACCGUCCAGCUGCAGCCGGACCUGCAGACGGAAGCCCAGACGGAAGCACGCACAGAUGGACAGACUCUGAUGGAAACACAGACUCAGCACACCACCAGCAACUACACAGGUCUGUCCUGCAUCAACCUCUUGCCACCACGUCAAGGUUCCAUCUAUGUGGAAAGUGGCACAGGCGUGUCAGUUGGCACCGUGUUGGCCUUCUGGUGCAAUGAGGGAUACCAAUUGGUUGGUAGCGGCAAAAUUGACUGCCAUGUCAGGAAUGGUAAACCUCAAUGGAGCAACUACCUGCCUGUCUGUGAAGUGAUCCCCAGGCCGGAGAAUCGUGGUCUGAGAGUGGCUGUAUUUGUCUCAGUGGUGAGCGGAAUUGUCAUCCUUGCCAUGUCGCUGUCCUUCCUCAUCUGCUGUCUGCAGGAACGAUCAGGCCGUGAGCAAACCAAGAAAGAUGGACGGAGCAGACACAGAGACAAGUGUUCAGCCCGUCACAGUGAGUGCUGGCUAGAGAGAGAAGAGGGCGAGUGGGAAGCCUUUCCUCCCCCAAAGAUCUUCCAUUUGUCGCAGAGGAUGAACCCUCGUCUGGCGCCUGACAGCCCCCUCUACUUGACUGGAAGCCUCAGUGGAUACGAGAACAGAGGAUACCAAAGGAGUCAGGAGAGUUUGCUGAAGCCCUCUCUGACCGGGCUCUACCACUCCGAGUCUCAGCUUAACCCUCAUGUCGUGCUGCAGAGGGUCCCUACCCCGACAGCACCGCCUGCCCCUUCUGCUCCGUCUGCCCCCCUCUACUUCCAGCUCCCCUCCUCUUCUGACACCACCACAGCUGACCAAACAGCCACUCACAUCCAGCCUCAUGUCAUGGCCCAGUACGCCAUGCCUUCCUACCCGCCCAAUCCUAACACAGACGUACCUUCCUACAGCCACCCAACCCCAGCACCCAUCUACCCCAACCCCAACCCAACACCACAGCGGCCAUGGCAGUAGCUCUACUGUACAUAUUCCUUCAC